UAUCAGUAUGCCGGAAAUAUAAAGUGACUACAGAGGUCACUCACAAGCCGGUGUCGAUCACAAACUCUUCUUUUAAAAAACAACUAGAUGAGCGCAUGUUCUUCAAGAUUAUCUGCGAUCAGCCACCUCUUGUGUAUGCGAGUAUAAAUGAGCGACAUGCUAAACUAAAGGAAUCAUGAUAUUAUUUGCCUGAUAGGACUUACAACAGACUUCAGAUCAUGUUUGUUUACAACAGACCUCAGAUCCGAGGCUACCUCAUGUUUCUGAGGGGAACGCGAGCUUACAGCCGCAGCACAGCCGGUGACGCGUCAGCUCCACGCCAGAUGAGCAGAACCGCGUAUUACGACAUUCUGCAAAUUUCCCCGAACGCGACGCAAGCGCAGAUCAAGACAGCUUAUUACAAACAAUCUUUCAUGUAUCAUCCGGAUCGGAACCGCGGAGAGGAGGCGGCGCAACGCUUCGUACUCAUCUCGGAGGCGUACACCGUGCUCGGCAGCGCGGCGCUCAGGAGGAGAUAUGACCGCGGUAUUCUGACGCACAGUGACGCGCAAGCCGCCGGGAGACCACCAGAAAAGCAUCAAAAGCCUAGACGAGCGUCAGACGCGUCCAUGAACGCGCACUUUAAUUUCGACGCGUUUUAUCAGGCUCACUAUGGCGAGCAGCUGCAGAGAGAGAAAGAGAUGAGACGCACACGAGAACAAAGUCAACAGUUGCAGCGGGAACAUUUCAAGAGAUGGAAACUGAACAAAUGUACUGAAAUAGCAGCCAGCUUUCUGCUGCUGUGUGGAGGAGUCAUUCUUAUUCAUUUAAAAUCUUAAAUUAUAUAUGAGAGAGACAGAGAAAGGUUAUGUGUCUAAUGGGGUGUGAUGCUCUGAACUCUUCUAUUUGGUUUUCUUCAGUAAAGUGUCAUAUUUUCA